UAAAUCUCUCCACCGGCGCGCGUCGCCCUCUCUCCCGCCACCAUUCUCUCCGUCUUACACGACUCCUUAUUUUUCUGUCCUUAAAUUCCUACAUUCAUUCAUCCAUUCCCAUUUCAAAUCUCUUCUUCUCUUCCGCUUCUUCCGAUCCUCCUCCCAUGGCGGCUUAGCCCAUUUUCCUUCCUCUUUCCACCCAUGAUCCCAACACCCACCGAUACAUUCCCCAAAUGGUGACCGAUUCCAAAGACCCACUCCCUAAUUUCCCUCCUCGUGCCCUGAUUGUCGGCAAUUUCUGUCAUGAUUUCCUCAUUCGCGACGCCCGUGUUGUCACCGAGUCUCUCGGCGGCGCCGCCUCGUUUAUUUCCACGGUCUUUGACGGUUUAUCGGUUCCCUAUCUCACUGUUUCGAAGGUGGGGGCUGAUUUCGCCUAUUCGACAAACCAGACCCCAAUCGUUGUGGCUGAUUCGAAGACGACUACGUUUCGUGCGUUUUUCGGUUCUUCAAUCGCCGGCGAUGGCCAUGGAGAUCGGAUUCUGAAAAGGAUCGCGGCCUGUGCUCCGAUUUUGCCUUCGGAUCUUCCUGAUUUUAGAUUUGAUUUUGGAAUGGCGGUGGGCGUUGGUGGAGAGAUUCUCCCCGAGACUCUUACGCGGAUGCUUGAGAUUUGUGAUGCUGUGUUUGUUGAUAUUCAGUCUUUGAUUCGAGUUUUUGAUGAAAUUGAUGGCACUGUGGAGCAUGUGAACCUGAAGGAGAGUGGAUUCUUCCAUUUAUUGCCUCGAAUUGGGUUUCUGAAGGCUUCUGCUGAAGAAGCGCCGUUUAUGGAUGUUGAAGAGGUGCGGAAGUUUUGCCCUGUUCUUGUGACGAACGGGAAGGAAGGGUGUACGGUGUAUUCGAACGGCGGCCAGUUGCAGAUUGCGCCGUUCACGGCGGCUGAGCUCGAUCCUACUGGAGCCGGUGACUGCUUCUUGGGUGGGUUUGCGGCGGGUUUCACGGCGGGAUUGGCUGUAUCGGAUGCUGCAUUGCUUGGGAAUUUGUUUGGAUCUUUGACAGUCUCUCAAAUGGGUCUGCCCCAGUUCGAAUCCAGAAUCUUGCAGAGAAUUAAGGACAAGGUAGAGAUGAGAAAACUGCAGCACAUCGACUCGUGUGACCCGGGAGAGAGAAAGUCGAUUCAUCAGAUGCCAGAAGGACACGAACAGUUUAAAAAAUUGCUCGUGACGGUGAGGUCAGAGUGCCAACUGAAUGUGCCAGCUUCUCCCAGAACAGUGGAGCAAGUGAAUGGGCAACACAAGUUACUAUGAGGAGCAAAUAGGAAGCAGCUGAAAUUUUCCCAUCAGAAUCUCACAAAACAAAUAGAGAUCCAUAGCUUUUGUUGGAACUUUUAUAAGUCAAUCUGAAAUCAUUCAAUUCAGCACAGAAAGGCUUGGAUAAGUUCUGUACUUUCCUCUGGUUUUUGCUGCUUCAUUUAGGAAGGGCGUUUUGGGAACUGAAA